CUUUCCAUCUCUUCCCUCUCAACGACCGCUUUCCCGCUUUACGAUACAUUUUCAUCAUGGCAACAGCGUCAGGCAGCAUCGCAGAGAUGGAGGACGUAAUCGGGGCGAUCGAACUACCAGUAGCACGGCCACUUCCCCCGGCCGUUGUCAACUCGACACCAAGUGCGGAGGUCACGGCUCGUGAGACGCCGACUCAACUCUCAUCUGAGCCGGGCCAACGACGGAGUAGAUUUAGGACGUUGACGGUCAUGGCCGCUCUUUUUGCUGCCCUGUUCAUCGCCGCGCUGAACACCACCAUCGUCGCCACCGCAAUCCCGACCAUCUGCUCCGAUCUGCACUCCGCCGCCGGCUACUCCUGGAUCGGGGCCUCAUAUGUCAUUACCACCACCGCUGUCGUCCCCAUAUGGGCGAAGCUAUCAGACAUAUGGGGCCGCAAGCCGAUUCUGCUGACCGCCGUGGCGCUGUACUUUGCCAGCUCCAUCAUCUGCGCCGUCUCGAGCAGUAUGGGCAUGCUGAUCGCGAGCCGCAGUGUCCAGGGCGUAUCCGGGGGCGGCCUAUCCUCCCUCAUCACCAUUGUCAUUUCAGACCUGUUCAGCAUGAGGAGCCGACCUCUUUUCCUCGGUCUCCUUCACGUAACCUGGGCUGUUGCCGGUGGCCUUGGACCGGUGCUCGGCGGGGCCUUCACCCAGCUCCUUUCGUGGAGGUGGAUAUUCUGGAUCAACCUCCCAAUCUCGGGGACGGCGUUCUGCUUGCUGCUCUUUUUCCUGGACGUGCAUAACCCGAAAACCAAAUUCGCCGACGGGGUCAAGGCGAUCGACUGGGCGGGCAGUCUUUCUAUCGUGUCCGUCAUGGUCAUGGUGCUUCUCGGUCUCAACUUUGGAGGCACGGCGUAUCCGUGGGACUCGCCGAAGGUCAUCUGCCUGGUCGCGGUCGGUGCUUUGAUGGCCGUCGUGUUUCUCUUCAGCGAGAGCCGACUCGCCCGGCACCCGAUCAUGCCUCUGGGCCUGUUCCGCCACAAAUCCAAUGCCGCAUGUCUUGCGAUUGGCUUUGCACAGCAUUUCGUCAUCAACGCGGCCGAGUACUAUCUUCCACUCUAUUUCCAGUCGGCAAAGGAGGCUUCGCCGCUGCAAUCUGGCCUCCUCCUCCUUCCGCUGAUAAUCACCGAGGCACUUACUGGAAUCUUCGCGGGCCUUUUCAUUUACCGUGCGGGCCGCUAUGUCGAGCUCAUCUGGGUUGGUGUGGCGUUGCUGACCGUCGGCAACGGGCUCUACAUCUAUCUCAACGCGACGUCCCCGAUAGGAUCGAUUGCGGCGUUCGAAGUCGUGGCCGGGCUGGGCGCAGGCCUUCUGUUUGAACCUCCUCUCAUCGCUCUGCAAGCUCUCGUCUCCCAAGACGACACCGCAACCGCCACGGCAACUCUCGGCUUCAUCCGGAACAUCGGUAUCGCGCUCUCGAUCGUCGGCGGCGGGAUCAUCUUCCAGAACGGAAUGCAACUGCAGAGGUCGAAAUUGCGAGGUCAUGGACUGCCGGCAGACCUGGUCGAGACCUUCUCUGGCCCGGACGCCGCGACGAAUAUCGACCUCAUCGCGACCAUCUCAGAUCGGGCCCAGAAGCUAGCGGUCAAACAGGCCUUUGCGUGGAGUUUGAGGAACAUAUGGAUCAUGGCCGCUUGUAUGGCCGCGUGUGGGCUUCUUGCCGGUGGGCUUGUCACAAAGAAGGAGCUGGCGAAAGAGCACACCGAGACUCGGACUGGGAUCAAAGACAAGAGAGAGGUCGACAUGGCCGGGCAUGACGGCUUGGAACCGGCACCUACCGUUGCGAGCAGGGAAGAACUCUCCGCCUAAGCACUGCAUAGAAUGGUCAUGGUAAGUCACGGCCACGUCAGCGCGAUAUCGAGCGGAGAUAUUCUUGCUCUCUAUAUCAAACGAGGUUCCUUCUUUAUACCUGCCGAACAGUGCCACUUCUUUAGUUCGAGAUAC